AUUAAUAAAUAAAAUAUUUUCAAAAAAGAAAAGAAAGAAAAAAAGAAAAGCUCAAUAAUAUAUUCCAAAGAAUCCAAACUUAAUAUUCCUAAUUUACCCUUCUAUGCACCCAAAACUUAAAUUGCUCACAACAACACUAUAAAUACACAAACAAGCAGAGACACUCCAAAAACCCAAUUUCACAAUCUAAUCCCAAAAAAAACACAUAACAAAAUCAAACAAAACACAAAAGAAAAUCUAUAGAGAAAGAGAAAGUUCAAUCAUUUUCUCUCUAUUAUAUUAUUUUCUUUUGUUUUCCAUCAUAUUUUCUAUGCUUCCAAUCACUAAAAUCUUCACUAAACCCACUAUUUUCAUAGUAGCUUCACUCUUCUCUCCUUUACAAUUAUAAAUGUCCUUUGCUAAUAUUACCUCAAACCCAAGUGAGUAACCGAAACCCGACCCGGUUCACUUCCAAACCCGACCCAAAUCAGAAGAAGUAUUGAAGCUUUUUAUUUUAUUUUUUUUGGGACAAAAAUGGAUUCCAUCAAUUUCUACAACAUCAAAGCAGAGAAAGCCAACGCCAUACUAAGAUACAAUCAGCUAAAAAAGCUAGCGAACUUGUUCAGAUUAGUCGAGAUCGUCGUCGUCCUCGUCCUGAUCUCCCGGAUUUGGUUCCACCACGUUCCGGUAGCCGUGAAAAACUCCGGCGGAUAUCUCCGGGAAUUCUCCGGCAUCCUCUCGAGUCCUCGCUUCGUUUUCGUCGUCGGAAAUGUUAUAGUGAUCACUCUUUUCGUCAAGUCCGGCAAGUAUUCCGGCGAAGAUUCCGGCAGGAAAAGGAUCUCGCCGGAGUACGAUCUUUACGACGAAUUCGUUAAAAAAAGUAGUGAUCAUCAGAAGAUUGUUCAUCAGAACUUAUUAGUCAGUAGUACUUUACCAAUAAAAUCUUCAGUACCCGAAAAUAAUCUUUUUGCGUCGGUCAACACGUCAGUCAGUAAAAAUAAUAAUAAUAAGAAUUUUGAGAGGAGUAAUUCAGAGAUUGUGAUCCGAUCACCAAAGAAGACUAAUAAUAGUGAGCUGAAGAGAUCUGAGACAGAGAAUUUUGGGAAGAAGAUGAAGAAGAAUGAUGAUGAAAAUGGUAAAUUAGGGUUAUUGUAUCCUGAAGAUAAGAUGAGUAGUGAAGAGUUUAAACUCAAAGUUGAAUCUUUUAUUGCUCGUCAACAGAGGUUCAGAAUGAAAGAAGUUUAUUCUGGUAAUGAUUUUCUGUAAGAAUCAUAUAUAUAUGAUUAAGAGACUGAUCAUCAUAAUUAGAUUUUCAUAAUCUUAAUUAAUUCUCUCUUUUUUUUUAUGUAUACUGUAGUUUAUACAUAUGUGUACGUAUGUAAUGUAUGUACUUGUAUUUUGUACAUUUUUAAAUCAAAAUUAAGAUGAAUAUUUUACCCA